AUGAACCGCCAAACGUCAAACACAACACACAAUGACCAACGUGCUCAAUUGCUCAUCGCAGCAUUUACCAGGAGCAUCCCCACUUCCAACCUGGGAGCUCUGCACAAAAGGACACAUCAAUUGAUCGAUGGACCCUCUUUCGCCCCUAAAACCCCGCAAAUCGACGACCGCAUGACCCGUGGCCCGACCCCACGAGCUAAGCUGUCAUUGAUGGGACAUGGGUUGGUCGAAGUGGAAGUGACGGAAUGA